CAUUGCCUCUGCCUCUGCCACCUCCACUACUAUUUUGAACCGAUAUAAUAUUGGUCUAUUCUUCUGUUGACUCGACCGGAACACUCGUCGCCUUAUAUCCAUAUUCCUCCUCAGAUAUUUCACACCACAACAAUGCCUCUUACACACAACCUCCGUGCCAUCCGAGCCCCCGUCUUUCCUCUCGUGGCGGGACAGCAGAAUUUCUCACAGCCCUCGGCCAUGCCUGCCGGUAUCAUCAUGUUAGGGCCCAAGGUCCCUGGCACCAGAUGCCCAACCUGUGCCCAGCAAGGCAAAGAGGUUUGGGUCAUUCCUGGUCGAUGCUGCGGUUAUUGCGGCACUCCUUGCGACUCUGAGCAUCAUCAUGAAUAA